CCCUGCUUAUAUGCAUUUUAUUGCACUUAAAUCUCUUUAUUUCAUUUAAAACCCUGCACUUUCUUAAUAACUGUGCUUUGCAGACAUGCAUGAUUUUGCACAGUGCAAGCCAAAGCACGGGCCAGCAUGCGAAAUGAAAUGCCUCAGCAAGAACAAAGACAAUGCAACUCUCCAGUUGGCUUCAACAACAAGUCGAGCUCAUGUGUUGUUCACCAGCUGAGCUUGAGCUGCAACAACCCAAUGCAAUCCGAUGCAACUCAUCCAUCCAUCUGCACGUGCACACGAUCCUCACUUCUGAGAUUCCCCUCACAGCUGCUUUAUAUACUCACUUCCAUCCGUCCAUCAUUGAGAGAUCAAUUUAUUGCAAGCAAAUCGGCGCUGGAUGUUCUAAAGCAUCGAUGCAUUGGGGAAACUGAGACCCAUGGCAAAGUGGUUUAGAGAUCACCUAAGUUUUGGCAGCAGGAAAGGACCGCCGCAGCCCCCGAAACCGGACUACACCGAAAGCGAGAUCCUACGGGCCUACAGGGCUCAGAAAGACCUGGACUUUGAGGACCCUUACGAACCCUGUGAGAACCGGGUGGUGAACGGCUCAGGGUCGGUGGAAACGUUCCCUGCGUUUGGUACGGUGCUGUCCAACGGCGUGGAGGUGAAGAUCGUGUCUCCCAAACACAGACUGAUAAAAGUGGAAUCUCAGGAAUUCGGGCGUAGCAAAACACCACUGAACAUCGUGACCUUUGAGGAACCGCAGGCCCCUGUGGUUCCCUCGGCUCCUGCGGUCGGGGAGACUGAUUACUCGGACCCGUUUGACGCCAGGCCGGACCCGCGGCCCAGACCCGGCUGGGAGCAGAACGCCGUAGAAGCCUGCAGCAGCUACAUGGAGCCAUUUGAGGCCCAGCGAUUCAUAAGCGAGCUCCAGCACAGCACAGAUCGGGGCAGAAACAGCCCACAGCUCUACGACAGCCCGUACGAGGAGAGAGUUCGGCUCCAGGAGGCCCCUGCGGAGGACGAGAGAGAGAGCCGUCUGCCCCAGGACGACGAGAGGCCCGCGGAUGAGUACGACCAGCCCUGGGAGUGGAAGAAAGAGAACAUCUCCAAAGCCUUCGCUGUAACUUUUGAAGCCAGAGACUGGGAUCAGUGCACACUGCCCCGUGACGAGGCACCGAGGAAGGCAGGAGCAUCCAGAGUCAGCCCUUCGUCCAGCAGAGCCACCAGCCUGCACAAACCCAGCAACACACACGGCAUCCUGGGAGAGAGAGUGGAUCCCACACUGCCCCUGGACAAACAGGUAUGGUACCAUGGUGCAUUAACUCGCUCAGAAGCUGAAUCUCUGCUCACCCUGUGUAAGGAGUGCAGUUACCUGGUGAGGAAAAGCCAGACGAGCCGAAAUGACUAUUCGCUGUCUCUCAGGAGCUGUCACGGGUUCAUGCACAUGAAGUUCUCUCAGUCUCGUGAUGGGAAGUUCAUCCUGGGAGAGAACAGUCCUCCGUUUGACUCCAUCCCUGAAGUCAUUCAUUACUACACCACGAACAAACUGCCCAUCCGCGGAGCCGAACACCUGUCUCUGCUGUUCCCGGUGCUGGUGCAGACGCUAUGAGACCACACACACGCUUAUCACGCGCUCGCACACAGACACACUCAGGGCUUCACUCAGACGGUUACUACAGUGCUUCAUUUUCAAUCACAUAUCGCAGGCUCUUCGAGAGUUUGAUUUGUGUUUGGAGUGGGAAUUUGAUUUUUCAGGCGUGUGAUCAGAUUCAUACCUGGUGUGAAUGAAAACGCAGUCGGCCUGUACUGACACUGUAUCGGUGUGCUACACGCGUGUGCAGAAUAUUUUCCACACCACUGGACUCUAAAGUGUCUUCGCAUCACACUGGGAACUGCAAUAUUAUUACUUUCUCUGCUCCAAAUUCUUCAAAUGAUAGAUUUAACAUUUGAGGAUAAUAUGUAGCCCGACCAAAGUAUUUAUAAAGAUUUUGCUGAAUACUAAAAAGCAAUGAUGUACAGUUCAAAUCCCAUUCUCUGUAGGAUUUCUUGAUUUAAAAAGUGAAAUAAUUCA